AUGACAGCCAAAGUCGCCCUCGUCACCGCCUCCAGUGCCGGCCUAGGGGCUGCUACCGUGAAAGCCCUCGCCUCCCACUUCCGGGUGGUGGUCAAUUACAAUUCACGCCUCGAAAAGGCCGAGCAAGUGAUGAAAGAAGCCUCGAACAUCCCUCCCCUUUACAAAUCUUCGGGCCCCCGCUUCCACGCCAUCAAAGCCGACAUCUCCCAGCGCAGUGAGAUCCAGCGCCUCGUCUCGGAGACGGUGGCUACGAUGGGACGCCUGGAUGUCGUGGUCAGCAACGGCGGCUGGACACGACUAACCAAUUUCUUCGACCUGGAACAGCAAGUCAACGAGGACGAUUGGGACCGUUGCUUCAAUCUCAACGUCAAGAGCCACUUGUGGCUUCUAUACGCAGCCAAACCGCAUCUAGAAAAGAUCGCCGACGAAGUCAGUGGUCUGGGCGGCGCCUUUGUCACCGUCGCCAGUCUCGCAGGCGUGCGGCCCAGUGGGAGUAGCUUGCCAUAUGCCGUGACGAAGGCGGCGGAAAUCCAUCUCACGAAGGGUCUGGCGUUGAUUUGUGGAAGUAAGGUUAGGUGUAAUAGUGUCAGUCCUGGAUUGAUGUUGACGGAGUGGGGCAAUCAAUUCCCAGAAUCCAAAAUCAAAGCGACGACUGAAAAAUCGGCACUGAAAUCUCUAGCUACCCCGGACGAUGUCGCCGAGCAAAUCAAGACCCUCGUUCUCAGCAAAUCCAUAACCGGUCAGAAUAUCGUGAUGGAUUGCGGUAUUGCAAUUUAA